AUGGACACCGCUCCUCCGCCUGCUCAAAAUCACAAACACCCUAGUCCUCGAGUGACCUCGAGUCGUGCCAGAGAAGGUCUUGUGCAAGACCGUUCUCGAGAGUCCUCUCCUUGCUCGCCCACGUCGUCGUCCGCCUCGCCUUCGCGCUCGAGCAGUGUCCGGCGUAGCUCGCUUGGUUCCGUCAAAGAAGACGUUGAGGGAAUCGCCCAGACGUUCGUCGACACCCAUCCGCCACCUACGUCCGCGGACCAGACUUCGUCCGCCAUGGCUGCUGUGUCGCAGGCUCCUGAAUUCUGCUGCCCGUGCGGUGGGUUCCUAGGCUGGAAGCAGAUUCGCCUGGGUGGAAGGCGACUGAGCAAGAGCUACGGUGAUCUUCGUUUCCUGGGAAGAAGCGCCUCCAGAGGCUGGGCGUGGGAAGAGACCACCGAACGCCCGGUCGUCAAGGAAGCCGACGAGGAGAAACGGCAGCCCGAAAAGCGGCGUGCUUCCCUUGAGACCCUCCCGGUUGAGGUUCUCGUCCAAAUCAUCUCCUACUUGGCUCUUGAUGUGCCACCCAAUGGCUAUACGCCCCGGAAUGUCGACCUGAUCUCAUGUCUCCUGACCUCCCGCACGCUUCAUUCCGCGACGCUCAGUGUUCUCUACCGAAACAUCACAAUUCCCCACUCCGUCAUCUUCUCCAAAUUCCUCCGGCAUCUCAAUAAUUAUCCAGCCUUGGGAACUAUUGUGCGCCGUCUGGACUUUUCUCAUUUCACCUCGGUGGGAUUGGGCCGCACCAAGCAGAUGAAUGUGGAAAUCCAAAACCUAACCUCCAAGACACUGCUGCAGUGUCUGGAUCUUCUCCCGAACUUGAUGGAGUUCCUCCUGCAAGAGCAUGUAGAGGAUGAUGUCAAUACCGCUGUAAUUGAGAAGAUCUUCACUGGUCUACCCAACCUGCGGGCUGUUGACUUCUGCGGCUGCUCGUCGCAGAGCUUUUCCUCAAGUUUCCUGGAAGCACUAACCGGGAGUCCGGCACUCCCAUUAACCUUUCCACAGCUGAAGCGCGUGUCCUUGCAUGAAUGUACCGGUCUUUCCCCCGAAGUUUUUGAGAUCCUCCUUCCCCGGCUUAUCAACCUUACCCAUCUCGAUGUAGCCCAUACUCAGAUCACUGAAGCGGCGUUAUUCUCCAUCCCCGAGACUGCUCGUAUCACCCAUUUGAACCUGUCUCGGUGCUCUCGUCUGUCCGGUUCUCAGGUUGUAAAGUUCCUGACGACACAUCCUGCCGUUUCCGAGUCCUUGGUCUAUCUCAAUCUCAUGACGGACGCCUCGCGUUAUCGGCUGCUUGAGGUAGAAGACGUCAGCGCUCUUCUCCCAAUGCUCCCCUCUACCCUGCGGUCUCUGAAUCUGGGUGGCGCCAAAGUCGUAUCUGAACACGUUUCCGCGCUGAUUCCUCUGACGAAACAUCUGGAGGAACUUGGACUCAGCACGGCGGAUCUAUCGAUCAGUGACCUGAACUCUUUCUUCGUUCCCCCUGAGCGGCCAAACGGCGAUGGUACGGCCGACCAAACAUGGACGCCUCCGUCACUGCAUUAUCUGGACCUGACCAGGGUCCCGUGCCUGUCGCUACCGACGCUCUUCAACCCCAAAGCGUGUGUUCUCGUCUCCCCCCAGAGCGUCCCGCUGGAGGUGCUGGAGCUCAGCGAUAAGCUUAUCAAUCCCCUUCGUGAACGCUCCAAGUCCGGCAAGUCCAUUGGUUGGACUGUUCGAGAGCUUGGACGGCGAGGAUGGUACGUGCGAGAGCCUGGUGAGCGCUUGAGUCCCGCGGACGACGGUUCGCGCUCGUGGAAGAUGGGUGCUCGAUGGUGGGGGAUGAGGAAGAUCCCAGUUGCGGUGGGAGACGUAGGCGGGAUCUACGGACACUAUAUGUUCAAGAGGUGA